ACGCACACCGGCGAAACAGGCGCAGCCCCUCAUCAAGGCGAAGCAACUGUUUUGGUUGACCGAAAAGAGAGUCACAAAACUACCGAUAUACUCACAAAGUGAUGAUCUAGGACUCAGUUCGUUCUGUUCUGAGUCCUAGGUAUAGAAGUGAACGAAAUGAAGACGUGCUCGACCUGAAGUCAACAAGUGCAAAUCACAAAAGACCUUGGGAGCACAUCGAACACGCAAACGCCAACUUUCAUUCUCUGAGAGAAUCAUUGUGAGAACUCGACUAGCACCACGAUGUGGAGGAAAAAGUACUACGAAAACCCGCGUCGCCUGGCGCUCGCCGCCGUGGCCAAGGAGACCCAGGAGCUCACGGCCACCAUCGCGGCGAAGCUGCCCCACCUGGACACGACGAAGUGCGAGAAGCUCAAGCUCUCGGAACUCGCGCCCCUCGACCCGUCCAAGUGCCCGCGCUUCCGGCUCGCACUCGCGCGUGGUAGCAGCGACGACAGCGACAAGCCCGGCCUGGCCUGCGGGACCGUCCUUCGCGUCUUCAAUCUGGACACGUUCGACGCCGCCCUGGCCAUGCCCUCGGCCGUGCUGGGAGUCCCAUCAUCACCGAAGCAGACGAAGACGACGGCGACGGCGACGACACCAUUGACGGCCGAAGCGGAGGAGGCCCUCCGAGUGGAGCAGCUCCGGGCGAGCGCGUCGGCCCCGGAGAACCUGGACGCGGCGACGGCGGGGCGGGUGGCGGUGCUCAACAUGGCGUCGGAGCGCAGCCCGGGUGGGGGCUGGCUCAAGGGCGCGGCGGCCCAGGAGGAGGCGCUAUGCUUCCGCAGCACCCUGGCCGCGUCGCUGCGCCGGGACCUGCACUACCCGAUCGAGCCCCGUGCCGGCCUGUACACGCGCGACGUCGUCGUCUUCCGCCGCUCCAUGGCCGCCGACCACCGCCUCAUGGUCCCCGACACGCCCGAGCCCGAGCUGCCCGUCGUGAGCGUGCUGAGCGUGGCGGGCAUCCGGAGGCCCGAGGUGAGGCGUGCCGGGGAAGCGGUGCUAAACACCGAGGGGGAGAGUGCAGACGGGAACAAGGCAGAGGGGCCCGGCGGUGGUGCUAGUAAGGGGGAGUCUCAAUCCAAAAAUGGCGCAGCGUUGGGAACGGACCAACGAGCACAGCGCGGGCGGGACAACAAGGGCAGAGACGAGAAGGGGGCGAAGAAAGCACCCCGGGGCCCGUUGGUGUUUGCCGACGCUGCCGCGCGCGACUUGACAAAAGACAAGAUGCGGCUGUGUCUCCGCAUGGCCGGCGCCCGGGGACACACGAUGCUCGUCCUGGGGGCCAUCGGCUGCGGCGCGUUCAAGAACCCGCCCGAGGAGGUGGCAAAGUGCUGGGACGAGGUGCUCAGCGAGGCCGAGUUCGUGGGCGGCUGGUUCAAGGAGAUCUGGUUCGCCGUGUUUGACCGGAGGAACGAGGGCAACUAUGAAGUCUUCCGAGACACAUUUGAUGGCAAGGUCGUUGGAAGGAUAAGUGCCUCCGUUUGACCUUUUAAUUAACUUACAUCGUAGACUGAAACAGAC